CUCGUCCGAUAGAUUACUCUUUCAUGGUUACUGGCCAUAGUUCAUUACAUCAGCUACCAGUCUUAGUUUUAUCGCAGACAUGGAAGAGGCAGACUACGUUAUCGUCGGCGGCGGUACGGCCGCCCUGGUGGUGGCCUGCCGACUGUCCGAGAAGCCAGACACACGCAUCGUCGUGCUGGAGCGCGGUGAAGAUGUAUCAAGUGACGCUCGCGUGCAGGAUUCACUGGCCUACGAGUCUCUGGUGGGCAGCGAGAUGGAUUGGAACCUCAAGGUGGCUCCGCAGGCCGGACUGAACGGUCGAGAAUUUAAUCAACCGGCCGGGAAGGCCCUGGGCGGGUCUUCGAUGAUCAAUGGUUGCGUCUUCCUGCCCCCGGCUGCUGCGGUUCUCAAUGCCUGGGACUCGCUGGGCAAUCCGGGCUGGAACUGGGACACGCUGGCGCCCUAUUUCCAAAGGGCGUAUACCUUGCAUCCCAGGACCGGGGUCCCUAAUCCAGCCGGCCCAAUCCAAGUGAGCUACCCAGUGUCAACGCAGAGGGAAGAUACCACCCUUCUUGAUGCAUGGAAGCAAGCAUUCGAGGAGCACGGCUAUACUUACGCCGACGAACUAGUGUCGGACGGGGCCACCAUCGGGACGCGGCCCUACACGGCCACUGUCGACCCCGUGUCCGGACAUCGCAGCAGCGCAGCGAGCGCAUACGGCGCUAUUCUUGCGUCUCGUGCCAACGUCCGCAUCGUCACCGGUGCCACAGUCACUCGCAUCCGGUUCGACUCCUCUGCCCCGAACGACAAUCCCACUGCCACGGGGGUUGAGGUCCAGACCGAAGCCGGGGGGACCAUUCUCUUCAAACCCACCCAAGAGGUGAUCAUGGCCGCCGGCGUGUUCAACACCCCCAAGAUCCUUGAACUGUCGGGGAUUGGGGAUCAGACUCGACUGCAACAGCUCGGCAUUCCACCCCUCAUCCACCUGCCCGGCGUGGGAGAGAACUUGACGAACCACGCCAUGAGCAUCCUGACGGCCCCUGUCAAGGCGCAUGCGGACAUGCAGGGUCUCACCCCGGGCAUGAAAGCUAACGCUCUCAUUCGCCUGGCGCCCGCGGACAUGCACGACAUCCUCGACCAGGCCCGCGAGAGCCCUGACCACCCGGCCAUCGCAGGGAUCCUGAACGACUCCAACCAGGCGUCCGCCUGCGUCCACUUCGCCAUCUACCCCGGCAAUCUCGCUGUUAUUGGCCUUUUCCCCUCCUUCCCCUUCUCCCGGGGCAGCGUCCACAUCCAGUCGGCGGACCCAGCCAGCAGCUCGCAGAUCGAUCCAAAGUAUCUGACCAACCCCUCUGACCACGAUUCGAUGAUCCGGCACGUUCAGCACCUGCAGGAGAUUCUGAGAUCCACUCAGCUUCUGCCCUUUGUCGACGCACCGCCGCCUCACGACCGAGAGGUCCUCGCCCAGCUGGUGCGCGAGGCCAUGGCCGUCCCAGUCGCCCAUCCGUGCGGUACCACCGCGAUGCUGCCCCGCGAGAAAGGCGGCGUGGUGGGGCCGGAUCUAAAGGUCUACGGCGUUAGUAAUGUUCGAGUGGUAGAUGCAAGUAUCUUCCCUCUUAUUCCCCAGGCGAAUCCCAUUAGUACUGUGUAUACGGUGGCAGAGCGGGCCGCCGAUUUGAUCCGAGCGUCUUGAU